AUGGCUACAUCACAGAGUGACGAUCGAGAUGAAGUUCAUCUUCAACAAGGUUCAUGUAACAUUAUUUUAAAACCAGGGGAUCUUUUAAAUGAAAAAAAUGUUGAUGUACUUGUUAUUCCAACACCAGCAAAUGAUAUGAAUCCUGAUAAUUUUCAACUUUUCAAAUCUAUUUACUCUAAAGCAGAUCAGUAUGAUAAAAGACAAAUUGAUAGAGUGUGCUCUAAUUUAACGCAGCCAGAACCACGAACAAUUUCGAUAUUUGGUCGUCAAUAUAUUUUUGCAGUACCACCAUAUCUUGGUAAUCGCGAGAAAGCUGGUGGCUAUUUAAAAAAAACUUAUACUUCAUGUCUCAAAUUGGCAAUCAAAAAUAACUUUCAAACAAUUGCUUUUCCUACUAUUGGCUGUGGUGUCAUUGGAUUUCCAAUAAACGAUGCAGCUAGCAAUGUUUACUUAGCUUUAGAAAAUUUCUGUCAAUCGAAUGGUGGUAAAAAAAUGAAUGAAAUUCGCAUAAUUAUUUAUGAUCCAAAGAUAUAUAAUGAAUUCACUGGUAUUUUCAUUGAUAUGGGUCGAAACAAAAACAUAAAACUCAAAUGUGUACCAAUUUAUCCCGAAGAUUUUGAUAAUGAUGAUAUGGAUAAAGAUCGACGAAGUGGUGUAACAAGACAAACUUCGAAUCUCAAUCCAGAUAUUCCAGAAUUUCAACCGAAAAAUAAUAAUAAACAGCGUAACCCUCGUCAUUUUUCCCUUAGCAAUAAUCGCACAGAAUUGAUUAUAAUUCAAGGAGAUAUUUUAACAGUAAAAGUGGAUGCUAUUGUUAAUGCUGCUAAUGAAAGCAUGUUAGGUGGUAGUGGAGUUGAUGGAGCUAUUCAUAAAGCUGCCGGAAACAAUCUUCGAAGAGCUUGUGAAGCUUACAAACAAAUUUAUCCUGAUGUUCGUUUACCAACUGGUCAUUCGCGCAUUUUACUUAGUUAUGAUUUGUACAAAACAGCUUACUAUAUUAUCAACACUGCUGGUCCCUGCUAUGAUGAUGCUCCACCAGAGAAAUGUAAAAAAGAUUUAAUUUCUUGCUACAAAACAUCACUGGCUUUAGCUAAUUUAUACGAUCUUGAAACAAUCGCUUUCACUGCCAUUAGUUGUGGUAUAUUCGGCUAUCCAAUAGAUGAAGGUGCUGAAGUUGCACUUACAACAGUUGAUAAAAAUGCUGGUAUGAUGCGUAAAAUUUUGUUUGUAUUAAAGGAUGAUAAUAUUUAUGAUGCAUGGGUUAAGAAAGCCGAGGAAUUAUCAUUCACUUCAUUGGAUAAGAGUAGUGCUGCAGCAACGAGAAGUACGCUGACACAGACACAAACUAAGAAUCAAAAUCCAAUUAAAAAUAAUGAAUCGACAGUAUCAAAUAAACCAUCUGAAUUGAAGGUCAUCGAUGCAUCGACAGCCGAUAAUACACACACAACACUUAAAGAUUCUACUCACGCAAAAUCAUCCAAGAAAUCACCACAAGAUCCCGAUGAAAAAUCUGAAAGUCAAGAAACUAUGAAUAAAGAAAAAUUUGAUAGUUCAUCAAACAAAACAGAAAAAGAAAGACCGAAUCGUUGUAUACGAUGUUUAGUAUUUAUUCAACGACAUAUCAAUUUACUUCAAUAUCGUGAAAGUGAAUGUAGUGAUGCAGACGAUCUAUCGAGCAUUACCUCAUGUCCGAAUAUGAUUGCGCCCGACGCUGCAUUGUACACACUUCAUCGAAAUGAUUCGAAGCCACAAUUAUGUCCUAUUCAACCACCGUUUAUUUUAACAAAUCUAAUAAAAGAUAGUUCAGUUUGUCAUCAAUCAAUUUCAUCAUCAUAUAUAAAUGAAUGUGUUAAUGAUAAUCAAUUUCAUCUUUAUCUAACUCCAUGUUUAUCAUAUCAACCAACUCUUGAUCUUCAAUUUGUUUGUGUUGGAACAUGGAUAGAAGAUUUUCAUACUUAUUUUGUUGCUCGUAUUAUUUCUCAUUCUAUAAAACGACAACGUAAUCAUAGAAAUAAUCAAUAUGCAUGUUUUGUAAUAUUAAUAUUAAUUUCUUUAUUUUUAUUUAAUUCAUUUUCUUUUCAUUGUUUUCAGCGAUUUUUAACUAAACAAAAAUCUUCAUUAUCAUUAUCACUUAAUAUGGCUACUGAUGAUUCAUGUCGAGAUCUAUAUUCUAAACAUAUGUCUACAGUAAUGACUUUAACAUCAAAAAAUCGUCAGAUUACUAAUGAAUCAACUCCAUAUUGUAUAUUUUCUAAUAAAUUUCAAUCUCAUGAAUGGUAUUCAAUUAAUGGAACAAUACAAAUGAUUAUUAAAAAUACUGAUAUAGAAUUAAUUGAAAUAAAUAAACGUUUUUAUUGUUAUGAAAUGAUUAGUUCAGAAAAAACAAUAAGUAUUUAUCGAAUACAAACAUUUACAAAUUGUGAUAUUAAAGAAGAAUGUCUUCAUAUAAUUCAACGAACAAAUAAUGUUAUCGAACUUUAUACAUUUACAUUAUUAAAUGAAAAUAAUUGUUAUAAUAUAAAUAAUGAUAAUUAUAAUUUAUAUUUAACAUUUUUUACAAAAUCAUUUACAUUAUCAAAUUCAUGUCCAAGUUAUAUCAAUGAUGUAUUAUUUCAAUCAAAUAUUAAUUUUGAUUUAGAAAAAAAAUCAUUUUAUAUGUCUAUUGAUUGUAAUAAUAAACAAAAAUUAACUAUUUCACAAAAUGAAAAAGAUCUUGAAUAUCGAUCAAUAAAUGAAUUCGAUACAUGUCUUGCAUCUUGGCAAUUGGAUGAUCCAUUGACAACGUAUUUUAUUGCUCAAUCAAAACAUUCGAAUGCAUUUUACUGUUUUAGUUUUCAAUUAACUAAUCAAAUUAUAAUUCGAAAUAAUAGGAAUGAUUGUUCAUUUGCAAAUCAUAAUGAUGAAGAAUCAUUUUCUAUGUAUUCAGUUUAUGUCGAACAUUUUUGUUCUCAAUCACAAAAAUUAAUAUCAAGAUUUAUUCUACUAUUAAUAGCAAUCGGUUUUUCUAUAAGCAAUUUCAAAUAG